GGAGCUGUUGAUGCUAUUUAUUUGGUGGUGAAGGAAAACAAAAAAAUUCCAAGGGAAGAAAAAAAAUGUUGGUGGCUAACAGUUUUGAUCUCUGGCAAAGGGACACCUUUUUCUCUGCAGCUGAGGAAGUUCAGCAAUCUGUUGAUAUAAUGGAAUCAGCUCAUAGAGCAUGGCUGCGAGAGAGAAAAGAAGGAAUGAGACCUCAGUUUUGGGAUGACUUAUCCAGGGAGCUUCAGAUGGCUUUAGGCACUGCAAAAUGGCAGUUGGAAGAGUUUGAGAAAGCUGUUCGGUUGAGCUACAGAAGAAGUGCUGAUGAAAUUACUGUGAUCAGGCAUAAGCAGUUUGUCUCUGUCAUGCACGAACAAAUAUCUCGUGUUGAAGAAUCAUUGAGAGAAGCAUUUGAUGGGGAUGGUAAGCAGCCCCUUCGGUGGGUAAAUUUGGAUGAUGAGGAACGUGAUGAUUUAGCCCUCUUUCUUACUGGGACUCUUGAGAGCUCACAAACCAUGAAUCAUGGUGCUGAAAAGGUUGGAUCAACCAAAAGCGGUUCUCCCCAGAAAAGGACAAGAAAACACUUAAAUGGUAGCACUGAAGUUAAUGCCGGAGUACAAACACAAAAACUGGCCACUUUUGGAGCUAACAACGUUGCUAGCUACAUUGACGACUUAGAUGUGAAGCGAAGUCCAGGAGCAAGGGAUAAUGUCAGUUGUCAACCAGAUAUUCAUUCAGGAGUACUGGAAAUUGUCAUUGAUAAAAGGGAUGUACCUGGGGAAACAUUGCCGCCAAAAAUUGAAGCCACGCCAAAAGAGAAAGGAUUUAAACCUGGCUUUUGGAGGCUCAAUCGUGAAGAUCUUCCUCAAAUUAAAGGAGGAAUGUUGAGCUUCACUCAUUGGCAAAGGAUCCAUCGGCUGAAUCAGUUCUUUGGACGAGGGGCUAGAAGUCUGAGACAAGUACAAAAUCAUCAGAUGCCACCCAAUGUUUCAAUACGAUUCAUUCUUAUGUUUAUGCUUGCGAUCUUUCUAGUUGGUAAGCUUAUGUUCUGAUCCUUCUUUUUAUUAAACGUGAUGAUGCUCUGUGAUUAUGUAAAUUUUCUUAUUCGCAACUGUGAUUGCAUUCAUCUCUCUGCGUCCUAUUUGUUAUGUAAAGUGAUGAAUUGCAUAACAAGCUGAAGGAAAGUGAUUUGUUUUGCUAUGAUGAGUAAGGUUAUUUGACAACUUGUGUUGGACUUUUUUUGGGAUAGCUGAUAAGAGAAUUGCCUUAGUCGCAUUAACGGAAUUUAUUUUUACCUUCACUUAAAAUAGAUAUUUUAAAAUAAGCCCUGAAGGAAAAGGAUAGUCAGGAGGAGUGCUUUUCGAUUCUUUUUUCAGAACAUGAAGGGAUUUUGUUAGGAUUUUAAUGGUUGUAUGAUUGUGAACCUAGCUAUUGACGAUUAAAGAUUAGUACUUUAAUUAAAGUGGUGCUUAUCCAUAUGUGAAUCUGUGAAAAGGAUUCCAGCUUAAUAACAGGAAUUGGCACUUAUCUUAGUUUAUUUUUUCUGAGAACCACACUUUUGAUUAGAUGUAAUGCAGUGAGCAUUAUGUUGCUUAUGUAGAGAGUUGAUAGUUACCUGAAACAGCUUGAUAUGCGCUGAAAAGGCCCAUCAAACUUGAUUGCGUCUUCUUUGGAGUACCGUAUUAUAGGUCUGAGGAUACACACUAGCUGCAAUCUAAUCUAUUUUGGAGUUGAUCCUUAAUAUGUCUACAUUGUCUUAUUGCUAAACAUUGUUUGUGGGAAAUAUGAUGAGACACCUAUGUUAGAGGUAGUAAUUGCAUGCGGAUGGACUGAGAUGUUGAAUUCUUUUCACCAAUCACCAUAACGGAUGCAAUUGAAAUCAUAUGAAGGUGUUGGUUAGUCAAACUUGGCCUAUUUAACUAGUCUUUGAAUUGGCAUUUAACAUAGUGGGAGAUGAUAUUAUUUCCAAGAACAAGCAGUAUUAUGAUCUUAGCGUAUUGAAUUCUUGAGAUUUUACCCUGACCUUUAGGCUCAGGAAGUACUUGACCACACCAUUCUAUGAGUGAUUUUUUGAAGUUGCUGUUUUUUACUUUGCACCACAAUGCUAAAUGCUUUUCCAUGUAUUCUGCAGUGCCUUUCCUAGUUUAUUCCAAUUAAGGGGUAGUUGAAAUCGAUUGAGCCAAGGAAGAAAAACAGGUGAAUUUCUAGAACUUUGAGGAAACUUUAAUUUACAUUCUACACUCCUGAAAAUUGUCUAGAUCAUCAGUUGUUUAUACUUAAAAGAGAUGCUGUAGCACACACAUUUUCCUUGGUGGCGCUGUGUACUUAUGGUUGAUGAAACUUCUUGUAAUGCUGAAUCAAGUAUGGUUACAGGUUUUUCACAUUAUGUUCAUGUGUUUUUUUAGAUUUUUUACUCUUUUUAUUUUUUAUUUUCUGGUUUAAGCAACUCAACAUGCUCUAUGUUUGUCAUAGCUCUCUGAUAAACUUAGCUGAAAAUGUUCGAAACGUAUAAAAUUUAGUGAUUAAUAAUGUAAUACGGCCAUGCUGCUCAAAGAGAGUAACUAUCUUUGGUUCUCUGCUAAGAAUUGUACUUUUGGCGUGUAAGAGUCUUUCGUACAACCUGAUAUUAUUGAAUCUAGGGUUUGCAUGUAAAAGAAAACCUGUUAAUGCCUUUUCUUGCAUAAGUUUAUAGUAAUGAUAUUCUGAACCAUCUGUAUUGAGACUGUUACUUAUGGUUUUCAGGUACAAUUAAAGAAUCAUUUGAUCACCAAAAAGGGUUCUUUCAAUAGGGAAGAAUGUCCCAUUUGAAGAGGACCACCAACUUUGAACUCAAGCACUGGUUCUGUCAAUUGCUGGUUUCUGGAAAGUUUAUCGGCAAAGGAGCUAUUGUAGAUUCCGGGCCAGAAUACAGUAUCCAAAAUGUAUUGGGUUGUCAUGAGAAGGGACAGCCAUCGACCGUAACAUUCAACUGUGUGAUAAAGCUAUGAAAUCAAAGUUGUUUGGUUCUCUUAGUCCAAAUUAUUGAGGUUACUGAAUGCCUUGAGAUAUUCUUUUCCUUCUAUUGUUUCUUCUUCUUCUUCUUCUUCUUAUUCACAUCAUAGCUAAAUUCCAAGGGCCAUAAACCCGCUAUUUGUGUUACACACCAUAAUUUAUCAUCAUCAUCAUCAAACAGUAAGAAGUGAAACAAUGAUGACUAUUAAAAUUUAACAGAAAGAUAUACACCAUUUUCAGUUAUACAGAUUAUGAACAUGACACAUUUGCAAAGAGAAUUGAGCCAAUGUCUUCUAUAUGAACCUCGUAUUCUUAUCAUUUUCCAAAAUCGUGUGGGACAAAACUGAUAAUCAAAAGAUAGUUAAAAAAGAACCUUGGCCACUUUGAUGUGCGUGGCAAAACUACUGAACACCUAGAUCAUAGGAUACCCAUGAGCAAAUUUCCCAGCCUCUGGGGAAAAUGGUUUAUUCUACAUAAUAUACAAGUCCACGAAAUAGCGGAACAGAAUUACCUCCCACUCCAGAGACAACGCAACAAAUUAGCCUUGUCGAUAGCUGCCUGGAAAUCUGAAUUUGCCCCCACCAAGUCGGUAUCCUUGUGUGGCUGCAGCUUGGAUAUUUGUACGAAAAUGACAUCUAUCCAUCUUUGAUCAGAAUUGCCUUGGAUUCAAAACCUUGCAGCCUUGCAUCACUACAGCUCAUUCUGCUGGACAACUAUGGCGCCCGAGUUAUUUACCCCGAAUAGGCCUUCUCUCAAGACGACAUACUCACAAGAUGACUUGGGUAAAUGAGGUGCAAAAACGACACUGAUAUACCUCCUGGUUCUUGUAGACAGAAUAUCACCAUCAUCCUCUCCAAUGAUUUCAUCAUUUCUAGAUAAGAACAGCCUCGUAUUCACACAAUUCGCCCACGAUAACCCGAGAGCAGCACAAACCUUCCGACCUGAGGAAUACAGCCAACCCGAAUUCCCAAUCCUCAUACCAUCUGAAGAACUUACAUUAUCAGUAACCUGAUUAGUCACCACAACAGCCAACCCAAACCGCCUGGCCUGUGCCUUCAACUUGCUCGAAAUCUUGAAGAACAAACCCGACCGCCUCUUCAAAUCACUCGGGUUAUUAUCGAAUUCAGAACGAAACAAAGCAGCAAUCGAAUCAAUCACAAUAAGUUUAAUCGGGAAACGGGUCUGAGGGGGAGGCUUUAUGAGGGCAGAAUCUAUGCGGGACAAUAAAUCGAGCAGGUGAUCUGCAGAAUGCAGAGGAUGAAUAAGGAUGUUAUCGAGCGGAUUACGGAGACUGGGGUGGGAGAAGGCGAGCUGCUGGAGGCGGCGGAAGGGGAAAGGGAACUCGGAGUGGAGGUAAAGGGAGGAGGCGGAGAGGCCGCCUAGGGCAAUUGGGAGUUGGGCGGUGAGGAGGAGUUGGAGGGAGAGUUGGGUCUUGCCGCAGCCGCUUUCGGCUACGAUUUCGGUGAUGGAAUUGCAGGGGAUUCCGCCGUGGAGGAAACCGUCGAGGAUCGGGCAGCCGGCGGUGCAUUUGGGAGUGUGGGUUGGGAGAGGGUGCGGGCGGAGGAGGGAUUCGGGAUUCAUCGGCGCCGCAUUUGAAAAAAGUUUGAAAAGUC